UCAGGUUAUGUCAACUUUGACCCUUUCAAAAUAAUAUAAAUAUGUAUGAAUUUAUUAAUAGUCAUCUGUAGGAGCAAUAGAGGAGAUAACGUAACAAAGAUUUUAUGUGAAUGGGAUUAAAAAUUAAAUUUCAGCGUCAGUGAACAGUUUAGACUUGAAUUAUUUAUGAUUCGGCGAUAAAAAAUCUCAAGCUUUGUUUGGAAGCUUUUGUUCGGUUGGUUUCUUCUGAGAGUAGUGAUUCAUUAAAAUACGGAUCAAGAUGAUUUCUGCUAUGUUUGCUCGCGUAACAUUUUAUCCAACAUUGUUUUACAAUGUAUUGAUGGAAAAGGCCUCCUUAAGGAAUUGGUAUGAUCGCAUUGAUGAGAAUGUAAUUUUGGGUGCUUUACCCUUCCGUUCGGAGGCGAAAGAAUUGAUCGCAAAGGAAAACGUGAAAGCAGUUGUUUCCAUGAAUGAAGACUACGAGUUGUCUAUGUUUUCCAAUGACUCAGAAAAAUGGAAAUUGCAUGGGAUCAGUUUUCUACAACUACCUACAACGGAUAUUUUUGAAGCACCAGAUCAAGAUAAACUUUAUGAAGGCGUAAAAUUUAUAAACAAAUUUCUACCUCUAGAGAAACGUAUAAAAACUUUAAAUGCGGCAUCUGAGCCUGAGAAUAAUGGGACUGUAUAUGUUCAUUGUAAGGCUGGGCGCACGCGUAGCGCUACUCUUGUUGGAUGUUACCUAAUGAUGAAAAAUGGCUGGUCACCGGAAGAAGCAGUGGACUUCAUGCGCGCUCGCCGACCUCAUAUUUUACUGCAUUCUAAGCAAUGGGAAGCUCUCAAGUUAUUCCACAAGAAAAAUGUCGAGAGUACGUGACCUCUCAAGCAUGUAUCGCAAAGCACAAAAGAUUUUUAUAUUCUGUAUUAUACAUUGUUAUUCAAAUGUUUUAACUUUACGUAAUAAAGAAGAAAGUCAGUUAUAUUUAUGCUAAUUUAUACAACCUA